AUUCAAUUAUAUAAGUAGUUAAGCACCAUCCAUCAUAUACUAUUCUAUUUUUUUCAUACAUUACUACGGAUAAAAAGAUCAUAUCUUGGAUAAGACAUCAUGUGUGUACAAAUUAAAAUUUACAUGGCCUUUCACAAAAAAAAUUAUAGAAAGUGGAUUAGUAUGACAUGGAUGCUAAAUCCGGGUUUCUUGAAUCGGUCGGAGUUAAUAGCGGUUAAGUCUAAAAUUUGGACUUGAGACACUUUUAAUGGUAGUUCAAUUCUUUUUCGGCCAUAAAUGAAUUCUUUGUAUAUUCUGUAGAAGUAUGUAAAGUUGUAAACCAUGAAUAAACCCAAAAGUUUUGAAAACAUUUUCAUUCACACAUCCACUGCUCGUUUGAACCAUGUUUUUCUUUGUCGUUUGAACCAAGUUACUAAACAGUCAUUAACAUAUACAAUACCACAUCUAGUACCAUACUAAAAUUCAUUUAACUAAAUUUACAGAAUAAGUGACUUAUGUUGAUAUGAGUUACUUAAUUACUUAGAAAUGCUAUAUACGACGUCAAGAGUAAUAGUCCAAUACUAACAUACUGCAUAUCGAUCCAAAAUUACCAAUUAAGAUAUAUCAGCUUCCUAGCCUGCGUAGUAUUAUACACUGUAUGUGUAUAUAUAUGUGUGGUCAUGUAACUAUGAUCUAUGAUGAGACAAAAUGAGGGAGAAAUUCAAGCCUGACAGAAAAAUUCCAAAGAGCACUGAGUCGGGAGGAUGCAGAAUGAGAAAAUUGAAGAAGAUGCCAGAGGAAGAUAUAUGACGCUUGUGUAGGACCUAAAAUCUUUUGUCUACAGUAUAUAAUAUUCUUGUUUUGCCAUUAUCGAUAGUUUAUACAGCAUUGCUGAUGUUGAUCCAUCCAAGAUCCACAAUAUUCCUCGUCUAACCAAAGGGACCAUCAAUACAUGCAUGUAAAGUAGAUUACUAGUAGCUGAUACACUUGCAUAGCUUGUAAUUUUCUCCUAGAUUAGUCAUGAGUCUAGGCUCUAUUGAACUGUAAGUUUAGGACCAUUUUAGUUAACAAAGAAAAACAAGGCCCAUUCUACUAUACCAAGCAUGCAUACAUAAUGACUCUAUAAGUUGUUUGAUUGUAAAUAUGUAUUGUGUAUAAGAGCAUUACACUACGGGUCUCUAUAAAAUCUCUCACAAUUAAAAUAAACCAAAAUAUUGGAAAUAAGAGAGAUGAUAGAAGAGUUUCCAUUUGAGAGACUCGCGUGUGUUUGUGGAAAAAUUAUCAUACAUAACAAUAACACCACAUAUAUGUGAUAUAUUUUUGUAAAUUACUUAACUAUAAAUUAAUUGCAGAGUAGAUCAUUUGAGCAUAUAUCAUUAGAGAUAUAUGCGGAGUACCAUAGAUAAGCAUGAUACAUGAAAAAAGCUUGGCAUGCUAAUUAAAUAUUGUUAGUAUGAAGACAUACAGUCACUUACUUAUAUUUUACAAUAAACAUUUUUUUAGUCGAUUGGAGUAAACAUUUGUGUUUAUUUGGGUCCAUGUAAUAAUAAGCACACAGGUCAAAUGUACGUCUAAUUUGUGUUUCCAUUAUAUAAAUACCCUGAAAGUAAGAUAAUGUAGUUGGCUAUCUAACCAUUUACGUAUGAUAUCUUUUAAUUUACGUCUUAAUUGUGUUAAAUGAUAUUCAUAAUAAUGUCAAACCUUACUCAAUGAGAAUUUUUAGCAAUUAGCAUGCACCAAACCAUUGAUUUAACUCUUAAAACACUACAUGCGCAAGCAUUUUAAAAUAUGACACAGUCUCUCUUUUCUUAUAAAUAAUAUUUCAGUCCAUUCUUUCGCGUAGACUGCACUCUACCUAUAAAUUACGUGUAUAUAUAUAACAAAUUAACGCAAAUAUCUUAAACAAGUAAUUAAGAAGCACAUAAAAUAACAUUACCUUAUUUGGCUUUAAAGCCUGGAUGAGUGAGAUCCCAAUGUAUUGGUUUAAUUAAUAAUGAUUUCUUAAUCUCAUGGUUUUGAUUCUAUCAGCAUAAUAUUAUAAAUGUCAUCAUAUUAAAUAUAGCUGAAAUCUGUUGGCAGUAAGCUAUUUAUGCAUAUAUGUGAUUGGUAGUAGGAUUACAUGAUUCAUAAUGUAUAAGAGCAUCUCCAACUCCACUCUAUAUUUUACUCUAAAAUAUAAAAAAUAAAGUGAGAAAUAAAGUAUUAACAAAAAAUAAAAGUAUUUCUCUAUAAAUGAAGUAAUUUUUUAUUUUUUGUUCAUUACUCUAUUUUUUCAAUUUUAGAAUAAAAUAUGAAGUGGAGUUGGAGAUGCCAUAAGUUCAUUUGAAAUAUGAUGCAUUUGCAUAUAGUAUGUUUAAUAGUAUUUAUAUAGCAACCUCAAAGGUUCGUAGGGGAAGUGGAGGUAGGCUGCAUUAGUUGACAUUUUACCGAAGGAGUGGUCAGUCAUGCGCAACGCAAUUACAUUUUCCACAUAUCUACUUACUAAUAUUAAUUAUGUGUGUUGGUACAAUCCUCAUUAACUGUUACCCCUGCUAAAGAAAAGUAGAUAAUAUCGAUAAAGCUAUAAAACGCAAAUUAUCUAAAUAAUUCGUAUGAAGUAUGAACUCAUUAAUAUUGGCUUAACAUAUUCAUAUAAAUAAUCCUGAAAUAUCUGUUAUUUCUUCUAGUGACAUUUGGAUUCUUUUCACCUUUUUUGUUGUUGCAAAAGUAUAGCGGAAGAGCUUACAGUUAUUCACAUUUAUUCCUUUUGCUUAAUAUUUGUUAAGUUGUAAGAAAGUUUAUCUAAAGUGAUCCACAAACCACAAUGAAUACAAAUGAUGGAAAAAGGGCCAGAAGACCAUAUCUAUAGAGACCUUUGUUUAGGUAAGCAAUGUUAAUUAGUAGGAAGUUAAUUACCUGAGUCUUCUAUAAUACUAUCUUAACCUCGACAAACUUUCGGUAGAAGAUUAAUUAUAAAAAUCUAAAAACGGGAUGAAUAUUUUUUUUUUUUGUCACAAACUAACUUCAUUAACUUCCAACUAGUUAGGUGGGGGAUUUAAAACAUCCACAACCACCUCUUGUUCAUACAAAGAUAGGGCUUUCUUUACUAGCAAAUCUGCCACAACAUUCCUCAAACGAGAAAUCCACAGAAAUACAGAAUCAUCAAAAGACCUCGCUAAAAGGAGGAUAUCUUCUACUAUGCCAUAGAGCUCAGGGGGGGUUCUUUGCUGUUGAUAGCCUGGAUCAAUUGUACCGAGUCCGAUUCAAACCUCACCCUCUUCAUGCCUUGGUCCCGACAGGCAAUUACCACAUCUCUAAGCGCAAGCCCCUCCGCUAUGAGCACAGAGGCAAUGAAGCUGAUGCCCCUUUGUCCUCUGGUACUCUGUUCUCUGGUACACUGUUCUCGGUGCUUCACAAUCCAUCCUAGGCCAGCGUUUCUGGAAGAUUCCGACCAGGCAGCGUCCGAGUUUGCCACUAUUUCAAACUCCCGCUCACAAAACUGAGACGGUAACUGAGCUCGCUUUUCCUCCUUUUCCUGCGCGUUCUCCCAUUCUCUGGCUGCGGCUAUAGCUUGUGAUAACGUAUCUGCUGGAUUCAAGUAUUAAAAACGAUAUACACCAUGAAACACUUCAACACAAAUAUAUACAUAAUAUAUUAAGGGGGUGUUUGUACUGUUAAACUUAAAAAGACAAUGUUUAAACUUUCAGAUGAACACUAUUCAUUUUAAAGUUUUAUCUUGUUCAAAGUUCAAACAUGAUAUGGUAGACCGUAAAGCCAAGCAACGUAAGUGCAGAAGAAUUUUCUUAAGUGACAUUUAUAGCAGAAAAUCUAGUCAUUAAUAGUAGAAAAAUACAGUUUGACUACUAGAAAAUAAUUUAUGGCAAAGAUUAUACAAGUGGUUAUAUUUAAUAUCUGCACCAUUUUCACCCAUCUUAGACCUACUCUGCUCCCUACACUAUACAGUUACACAUCAACUCAAUACCCAAACAACAAGAAGAUAAAAACCCCAUAAAACCCAUUUACUUUGAAAAACACACACACAAUCCUUUCCUUUUCUCUCACGCCUUCUCACUCUCUCUAUCUCUACCAUUUACACCUCAUCUUAUAUUUACCAACUUCGCUUCUUGGUAUUUCCCGAGAAACAUUCAAGGGAAGCCCUAAAACAGGUCACUUCUUAGGUGCGUGUGACCGUCAGAGAAAAGAUAGACAGCUUCUUUAUUUCUUUCUUCUCCUUUUUCAUUAGUUACCCUCUCUUGUUAAUCAAACAUGAGCUCUUGUUUAGAAGCUGAGCAUAGUCCAAUCUUUGUUAACGGUCCGAUCAUCGUUGGUGCCGGUCCGUCCGGUUUAUCCGUAGCGGCGUGUUUGUCAAACCGAGGCGUGCCAUCGGUUAUACUGGAGAGAACCGAUUGCUUAGCUUCUUUAUGGCAAAAACGUACCUACGACCGUCUUAAGCUCCACCUCCCUAAACACUUUUGCGAGCUUCCUCUUAUGAAGUUCCCCAAAAACUUCCCGAGAUACCCCUCCAAGCAACAAUUCAUCUCUUACAUUGAGUCUUACGCUGCCCGGUUUAAUAUCAAACCUGUAUUUAACCAACCCGUCGAGAAAGCUGAGUUCGAUGUCGUCUCUUGUCUAUGGAAGGUGAAGACGCAAGACGCUGUGUACACAUCCAAGUGGCUCGUGGUGGCAACAGGGGAGAAUGCUGAACCGGUGGUACCAGAUAUACCGGGGUUAAAGAAUUUUACUGGACCGGUUGUUCACACCAGUGCGUACAAAUCCGGUUCGGAGUUUGCAAACCGAAAGGUUUUGGUGGUUGGUUGUGGAAAUUCCGGUAUGGAGGUAUGCUUGGAUCUUUGUAGAUACAAUGCUCUGCCUCAUAUGGUUGUUAGAAACCCUCUACAUGUAUUACCAAGAGACUUUUUUGGUCUCUCGAGUUUUGGAAUAGCAAUGACACUAUUGAAAUGGUUUCCACUAAAGCUGGUGGACAAUUUUCUCCUGCUUCUUGCUAAUUCUUAUCUUGGCAAUACCGACCGGUUAGGCCUCCGACGACCCAAAACCGGACCAAUUGAGCUCAAGAACGCCACCGGAAAAACUCCGGUUCUUGAUGUAGGCGCCAUAUCUUUGAUACAAUCCGGUCAAAUUAGAGUGAGACAUGCGGUGAAAGAAUUAACAAAGAAGGGAGCAAAGUUUGUGGAUGGGCAAGAAAUGGAGUUCGAGUCGAUAAUAUUAGCGACCGGGUAUAAGAGUAAUGUACCCGAUUGGCUCAAGGAAAAUAGUUUUUUCACAAAAGAAGGAAUGCCGAAGACGCCGUUUCCUAACGGAUGGAAAGGAGAGAAUGGACUCUACACUGUGGGUUUCACGAAGAGAGGGCUCUUGGGUACGGCAUUUGACGCCGUUAAGAUAGCAGAGGAUAUAACCGACCAGUGGAUGAAAUCUAAUGGUCCGUUGAGUGCUAGUAACAUUUGUAGUUCUUGUAUCAUCCACUUUCAUUUCAAUAAAUCAUAAUAAAUGGUUACCUUUUGUUUUGUUGUUGUUCUCAUUUUUUUAUUCAUUUCUCUGUUUUCUAUCCUUGCAUGAUCUCGGAUUGUAGCAGUUACGAUGAUUUUCCAGCUACAUGUAUCAUAAAUUGCUCUUAAAAAUCUCUUUAAAUUAUGGGUAAAAUUGAUGUGAUAUAGGUUCUGAAUUAUGUUUUUGUUAUUUAAUUUAACAAAUUCAGACUAUCAAUAACACGUUUCAUGUUUUUCCGUUUCAGAAAAUUACAAAUGUAUUAUUUUUUAGUAUUUAUCACAUAUCUAUAUACAUUUUAUAACCGAGGACUUAAAAAAAAACUAU